UAGUGUGAAGAUUUGCACAAAAUAGAAAAUUUUUAGUUAAUUGCGAAAAAAUUACACAAUUACAUUUGAAAUUAAUUAGUUGUAAUAAAAAAGGCGGUUUUUUACUUGCAGUUACUCUUUUUCCACAUACACGAACGAAGCAUUAUUUUGUUCAACAAAAUGAUGAAGCCUAUGAAAAUGGUUAUGAGCGUUGCUCGUCGUGGUUUAUCGACCACCGCAUCCAGAUCGUUGGCUGCACAACAAAUGACCGUCAGAGAUGCCUUGAACACUGCUCUGGAUGAAGAGAUGGCACGUGACGAACGUGUCUUCAUAUUGGGCGAGGAAGUGGCUCAAUACGAUGGUGCUUAUAAGGUAUCCCGUGGCUUGUGGAAAAAAUAUGGUGACAAACGUGUGAUCGAUACUCCAAUUACUGAAAUGGGUUUUGCCGGUAUUGCUGUUGGUGCUGCUAUGGCCGGUUUACGUCCCGUUUGCGAGUUCAUGACAUUCAAUUUCUCCAUGCAAGCUAUUGAUCAAGUCAUCAACUCAGCUGCCAAAACCUUUUACAUGUCUGCCGGUAAAGUCAAUGUGCCCAUAGUGUUCCGUGGCCCUAACGGUGCUGCCAUGGGUGUUGGUGCUCAACAUUCACAAUGUUUUGCCGCUUGGUAUGCUCAUUGUCCCGGCCUAAAGGUCAUAUCCCCAUAUGAUGCCGAAGAUGCCAGAGGUCUUCUUAAAGCUGCCAUUCGUGAUCCCGAUCCAGUUGUAUUUUUGGAAAAUGAAGUUUUGUAUGGCAAUGCUUAUCCCAUCGACCCAAAGGUUUUGGAUAAAGAUUUCCUGUUGCCAAUUGGCAAGGCAAAAAUCAUGAAACCCGGCAAACAUGUAACAAUUGUGGCCCAUUCCAGAGCUGUAGAAACCAGUCUUACCGCUGCAGCCGAAUUGGCAAAGAAGGGUAUUGAUGCCGAAGUUAUUAACUUGCGUUCAAUUCGUCCCUUGGAUGUUGAAACUAUUUUCAAUUCCGUUAGAAAGACUCAUCACUUAAUUACAGUAGAACAGGGCUGGCCUCAAAGUGGUGUCGGUUCCGAAAUUUGUGCUCGCGUAAUGGAAGACGAGACUUUCUUCCACUUGGAUGCACCUGUGUGGCGUGUGUGUGGUGUUGAUGUACCCAUGCCAUAUGCCAAAUCGUUAGAAGCCAAUGCACUGCCCCAAGCUAAAGAUGUCAUUGAAGCUGCAACUAAAAUUUUAGGAGGCAAAAAAUAAUCAAUCACUCAUAACAUCGCACUCCACCACUUUUGUACACGAUUGUACUAGCAAUUUUAACACCGCCAUCUACUUUAGAAAACUUGUAACUAAAUAAAUUUAGUAGUCAAUCUUCAAAUCAUCAAAUAAAAAAUAAGACAUAUUGAUAAAUAUAACGAAAUAUACAAGAAACAAAACUUAUGGAACAAAAAUACCCAUUAUGAAA